AUGAAAAUCAAAGCCAAGGCCCCAUCACAAAUCCACGAGAACACGGGCAUCGAGGUGGACCCGAUCAACUUCCAGGUGGAGCAGACCGAGGACACGAUGGUCAAUUCAUCGCAAAGCGAAGAGGUCAGCCGGAUCAUCGAUACGCUAGUGGAAAAAGAGGCAAAGAUGACGGAGAAGGAGAUGGAAGCCAUGAAACGUACCGGGAAUGAUAUUGUCGGUAUGGAGAAACAGAUGACCACUCCAGAUUUUCUCGACGUCGAUCCUUUUGCUGUGGAAGCGACCACCUCAUUCCCGCCAAUAAUUUUGAGCCCAUUGGACGAGCAGCUGGUACGAGUGAUACCUACGGAGUCAACUGAAAGUACUUCCGUCCCGACCACCGAAGCCCCUACCACCACCACGAAGACGCCGAGUUCCGCUGAGCUGCGGGUCCGGCAGGUAGCCAAUCUACGUCGUGGUGACGCGUUCGUCUACAACGUCUCGAACACCCUGAAUUUUGCGGCGCAGCAGGUGUCGGGCUUCGAGCAAAAGCCUGGAGAUACCGCCGCCCUGAUCCUGGAGCAAGCCCCCAGCAACUCCACCGUUAUCCCGGAGACGAACACGACGAUUUAUGAUAAUGGCACAGUUGUAGGCCAACUCGAAACUGGGGCGACGGUGGCGAGCAAUUUGAGCGAGAGCUCGACCGAAUCAUCCACGGCUGCCGGUGGUGUUGAUUCUAGCACUUCAUCCAUCGUCAAUAAAGAACUCAUCGACCCCCGCCUUUCCGCCCUUGGUAUCCCCGGGGGUACGGUACUGAACGUCCCACUCCGCGCUUCCGUCGAGGUGUUCAACCCCAACCCCAACCCCGGCCAGGUGCGAACCCUGUUCAACGACGGCGGGCUGGAGCUGGACUCGGCACCAGUUAGGGAGCAACAAGAAACGCAAAUGAUGCCCCUCCUCACCCAUCCGACCCUGGCGCCACAGCUUCAAAUU